CCUCUGAUUGGAUUAGCUUGCUGUCAGUCAAUCUUAGUACCGCCCCCUGUAAUGGCAGCAGGGUUGGAUCUACUGUAAAUAAUCGAUGAGAUCAGCUUUCUGUAUUAAGCAUAAUGUUGACUUUAUGAAUCAUCCACACUAACAUAUUCAGCCUACCAUGAGUACAGUGGGAGAAAAUCAGCUGCAGAGAAUAAUCAGAGAUCUGCAUGAUGCAGUUUCUGAGCUGAGCAAAGAACAUCGUGAUACUGGCGAGCCCAUCACUGAUGACAGCUCCAGCCUUCACAAGUUUUGCUAUAAACUGGAGUACCUACUGCAGUUUGACCAGAAAGAGAGGACCACAUUUCUGGGAAGCAGGAAAGACUACUGGGACUAUUUCUGUGACUGCUUGGCCAAGAUUAAAGGAGCUAAUGACGGCAUUCGCUUUGUCAAAUCAAUCCCCGAGCUGAAGACAUCAUUAGGGAAAGGACGGGCUUUCAUUCGCUACUGUCUGGUGCACCAAAGGCUGGCAGACACUCUUCAGCAAUGUCUUAUGAACUACAAAACCACAUGUGAGUGGUAUUAUGAACGCAGUCCCUUCCUGAAGUCCCAUCUGAACAUUGAUCUCAUCAACCACCUGUAUGAACUCAAUGAGGUCCAGUUUGAUGUAGCAUCCCGAGGUCACGACCUUGACUCUGACUGGCCCACUUUUGCUAGAAAGACUCUGGGAUCAGCUAUCUCACCCGCCCAUGCGUGGUCGUUGUCGAUUAAUUUCAAUCUCUUUUCCCUCAUGCAGCAAGCUCAAGAGUUUCUUCCAGGCCAAGAUUUUGGCUCUAGUCUUCUAGGUGAUCUCGGGGAAUUAGGUGAGUUGUCCUGUAGUGCUUCUGAGGAUCUGCGCAUUGAGCUCGACCAGUCAGAGUUGAAACAACAAGAGCUCCAAGAGAAGAUCAGGCAACUCACCAGUGAAGCAGCUGAUCUGAAGGCCGUGGUCAAAGACCUACAGAAGCAACUCUUGGCUAAAGGUCCUAAUCAAGAGAAAGAAGAAGAUCAGGAGGUGGUGAAAGCUGUUAGAGAGUGCGCAGAUCACCUCCAUACCACCACACAGGGACUGGAGGCUCUACGGACAUCAGAACGCAACCUAGAAGCCAAACUGAGCAUUGCGGAGAACAGAAACAUGGAGUUGCUAGCAAAACUCGACGGAGCUCUGAGCGAAAAAGGACAGCAGGCCACCAACUACUGCGACUCGGCCUGGAAGAUCCAAGAGCUCCUGACCAAGCUAAAGGAGGCAGAGGAAGAGAGGAUUGAGUGUAAACGAGAAAGUGAAGAUCGGGCGAGACUAGCUGAGCAACUUGCCCAGGAGCUGAAGCUUCAGGAAGAGAAACUAAAAGAGAUGGAAAACAAACUGGACACUUGUAGCGACAAAGAACGAACAACCGCAAUGCAGCAGGCUGAUGAGCUGCAGAUGACCAUCAACCGCCUUCAAGGAGCACUUUCUCUGAAGGAGCGGGAAAUGGGGAACCUACGGACUCAGCUGCAGGACAUGCAGAGAGCACUGGAGACCAAGGACGGUCAACUGGAGGAGCACAAGAAAAGGAUAGAAGAGGAGCUACAACAUAAAAGUGUGCUUGAAGAACAACUAAAUGCAAAGGCUUAUAUGGAGUUGCUAGCAAAACUCGACGGAGCUCUGAGCGAAAAAGGACAGCAGGCCACCAACUACUGCGACUCGGCCUGGAAGAUCCAAGAGCUCCUGACCAAGCUAAAGGAGGCAGAGGAAGAGAGGAUUGAGUGUAAACGAGAAAGUGAAGAUCGGGCGAGACUAGCUGAGCAACUUGCCCAGGAGCUGAAGCUUCAGGAAGAGAAACUAAAAGAGAUGGAAAACAAACUGGACACUUGUAGCGACAAAGAACGAACAACCGCAAUGCAGCAGGCUGAUGAGCUGCAGAUGACCAUCAACCGCCUUCAAGGAGCACUUUCUCUGAAGGAGCGGGAAAUGGGGAACCUACGGACUCAGCUGCAGGACAUGCAGAGAGCACUGGAGACCAAGGACGGUCAACUGGAGGAGCACAAGAAAAGGAUAGAAGAGGAGCUACAACAUAAAAGUGUGCUUGAAGAACAACUAAAUGCAAAGGUGACUGAGUUGUCCUCCGUUGCCCAAAAGAUCCGGCAACUGGAGAAUCUAAACCAGCGGUUGACUUCGGAGAGUCAGAGCUUCCAAAUGCAAGCCAAGAAACUGGAAGAGUACAAGAACCAGUGCACAAGUUUAAUGGAGAUCAAUGCCAAGCUGAUCCAAACGGUGAAGAGAAAUGAAGAGAGCAGCAAGGAGCUGGUGCAAGCCAACAACACUCUAAAGAGAGAACUGAUUACCACACAGGCCUCUGAGAAGCAACUGAGAACCAGAUUAGAGUCCGCUGGACUGACAGUGGAGAACCAAAAUCUUGAGGAGUGCAUACAGAACUGCCAGAUGAACAGCGAGGAAACCAAAAUCGAACAACUUGGAGAGAAUAGUAUAUUAAGCCAGGAAGAACUAAAUGAGAGAGCUACAGUCCCCCAGGGGAACAAGACGGCGACUUCUAGUCUCCUUCGGGAGGCUAAUGAAUCCUCAAGAACUGAUCAUGGAGAAUCCACUUCUAGGUUGGCUCUGGCUGAGGCCCAACUUGAACUCAACAUGAAGGAGGUUUCCAGACUCCAGGAAGAGGUCAUGGAGCUCCGGGCGCUGCUAUUGGUGAGCUCAGAGGAGAAAAUAAAGAUCCAGGCUCUGCAGGAAGUGACGGAAGCCUCCAGAGAAGAUCUCCAUGCUCAGGCGGAGCAACUAAAGUCCCAGGUGGAAGAGCUAAACCGUAGGCAUUUGGAGGAACUGCUGCGUUGCCGAGAAAGAGAGGACUCUCUGGUAAAGGAGAGGGAUAUGGAGGCCCAUGUGCGGGCAGAAAUCCAAACGAACCUGACUGCCGUGAGGGAAGAGCUUCACGUGUUGAAGACGCAGAACAGCAUGCUUGCGCUUGAGAACGGAGAGGCUCGUGAGGCCUUUCACAGGGCCAACACUGAGACAGCAGAGCUUGGGGUUCACGUUUGCAUGCUGACAGGACAGAACGAGGAGUCUCAGUUGCGAUGGGAAGAGCUUUCUACUAAACUGCAGGAGCUACAGAUGGAGGCACAGGAAGAGGUGGAAACUCUAAGUGAUUCAAUGGAGGCCUUGAGAAAAGAUAAUGCAAGACUCCAAGAGCAGCUAAAGCAGACUGAAGGACUCCCAGAAGCCAUGCAGAAGUUGCAGGAAAGACUUGAACAGGUGGAAGAAGAAGCCAAAAGUGUCCAAAAGAUCCGACAAAGGGAAGUGGACAAACUGAGGUCCCAGUUGAGCAAUGAAGCUGCGCACGAUCAAAAUCAAGUGCAGGGUCUAAAUGAGGAACUGGAUGCACUGAGGAAGAGGCUGGAGAAUGAAGUCGAGAAAGUCUCAAGUCUUGAGUCCAAAGUUUUGGAGCUUGAGUCUGCCAACAGUGAUUACAGUCAGAUGAUCGAAAAGAAAAAUGCCCUCUUCGGUGAUUCUGAAACUAUAAUUAAUCAGAAAGAGGAACAGAUAAAAGGCCUUAGAGUGGACUUAACAAGAGCUGAGGAGGAACUGGCUCUUACUCAGCAGUCCUGUAAUGAACUGGGUGUAAACUUAAGCAGAAGUGUGAUGGAGAAGCAAGCCAUUGAACUGAAGAUGUCUGCUGAGAUAGAUGACCUUUAUCGUACCAAAAAGAAUCUGGAAGAGAGGCUUAUUGAGCUCAUAAGGGACAAAGAUGCUUUAUGGCAGAAGUCUGAUGCACUGGAGUUUGAACAGAAACGGAGGGCUGAGGAACAGACAGACAGAGACGUCACAUACUGUCUGAGCUGCCGCAACCACUUCACCUGGAUGCUGCGCAAACAUAGCUGCAGGUUCUGUGGGCGCCCAUUCUGUUACUACUGCCUUGUUAAUGAUGCAAGUGUCCACCAGGGCGGCAGCAGCAUGCGCUGUUGUAAGGACUGCUUUAAUCAGCGCAGUUCUGGACGUGGGGACCUGGGCAGUCCUUUACGUUCAGCCCACAGCCCAAUAUCAAGCCCCACGCGAACCAGCACACCUGGUGUCCCAGGGGCACUGAAGUCCCCUCGGCCUGAUGACACAGCAUAUGACAUCAUCACACAAGAGGAAGUGAACUGUGUCCAUGACAGUGACUCUUUAUACUACACCGCUGUGCUGCCCUCAGAGACACAACAGCUAAGCAGCAGUGACAUCACCAGCACAGAAGAUUCAGACGAGCUGAUUGGCUCCGUUCAGGACGCUGAGAUCUGCCUGUUAAAAUCUGGAGAGAUGACGUUCUGA